AGCAAGCACGAGGAAGGCCCGCUCUCGGCUGAUGCAUCGGCCUGCACUACCGGGGAUGAGCCUGGCACGGCCCCCAUUGGCCGGACACGGAGUCUAAUCAUCUCCUAAUGCUAUUUGUGACUCUUACUAAUGCUCUCGUCGUCGGACAAUCGGGGGUAGAGUGUGUCAGGCUCAGAGAUGCCCUGUGCCUGCCCUGUGCCCUAGGCAUGUGGAGCGUGGCGGUGGCAGAAAGCGGCGGCAGAAAGGUUUGCUCGCGUCCAUCUCAUCCGCUCUCCCCCCGCUGCCCCCCCCAUCAGCCCCGCCGAGCUCCAGUUUCUUGCCAGCACGUCGGUGGGGCAGCUCGUAUUCAUGCAGCCAUUCACAGCGGGGGCAGUGCACAUCCCCCGCCUCUUGGCCGCCAGCAGGUCCCACUGAGUCGAUGUACAGUACGUGACACUGGGUCACUGCACGGCCAAGCCGGCUGUUCUUAUCGUGUUUCCGGCCAUCCGGCACACCUCGCACACGACCACUCGCCAGUCCCGGUCAGAUAGGCCCCCCGCCUCAGGAACUGCCCACCUGCCUCCCAUGCCUUAUGUCAGCCGCCGGCCGCGGACUCGGUAUCUCGCCAUCUCACUCCGCACCGGCCAUGUCCGCACAAUAUACAU